AUCGUAAAAUACUUGUUUCUUGGGUAUGAAUUUGGGUCUUUACGUUCAUGCUUCGAGAUCUACCUCCUUCAUGUGCCAAUUAUUCGUCAAUUUUAGAAUACCAGUGCCGAUUUGAUUUCCUUCUUUGAUGUCAGAUCUUUAGCUGUUUACACAUAAGAUAUGGACUUAUCAACGGCGCUUUACAGCCAGCUUAAGGAAGCGCAGCCAUUCUUUGUGUUAGCUGGUCCCAAUGUGAUUGAAUCUGAGGAACAUAUUUUUUACAUGGCCAAACACAUUAAGGCCAUCACUUCAAAACUCGGGUUGCCAUUAGUUUUCAAGUCAAGCUUUGACAAAGCCAACAGAACUUCGUCAAAAUCUUUUCGUGGGCCUGGAUUAGCUGAGGGACUGAAGAUCCUUGAAAAGGUGAAAGUGGCAUAUGACUUGCCCAUAGUGACCGAUGUACAUGAAGCUAAUCAGUGUGAAGCAGUUGGCAGGGUUGCAGAUAUAAUUCAAAUUCCAGCCUUCUUAUGCCGACAGACUGAUCUCCUAGUUGCUGCUGCCAAGACUGGAAGAAUCAUAAAUAUAAAGAAAGGCCAAUUCUGUGCUUCCUCUGUCAUGACCAACUCUGCAGAAAAAGUCAGAUUGGCUGGAAAUCAAAAUGUUAUGGUUUGUGAGAGAGGGACCAUGUUUGGAUACAAUGAUUUAAUUGUUGAUCCACGCAACUUCGAGUGGAUGAGAGAAGCUAAUUGUCCUGUUGUAGCAGACGUUACACAUGCAUUACAGCAACCUGCCGGGAAAAAGCUGGAAGGUGGUGGUGUUGCCAGUGGAGGUCUCCGGGAGUUAAUUCCUUGUGUAGCAAGGACAGCAGUUGCUGUCGGUGUGGAUGGACUUUUCAUGGAGGUGCAUGAUGAUCCACUUAGUGCUCCAGUUGAUGGUCCAACUCAAUGGCCUCUACGCCAUUUGGAGGAGCUGUUAGAAGAGCUUGUGGCAAUUGCUAGAGUUAGCAAGGGGAAGCAACAAUACAAGAUUGAUCUUAGUCCGUUCCGCGAGUAACAAGUUGUAUAUGCUGGUUUUUCGCGUGCAAUGAACAAAGAAAGGAAAGAUCCUGCUCUGACCUCAGAUCAGAUAUAUGCCCGUGUGAAAGAUUGCAAUAUCAUAAUCUAUGGUUUGAGAAAAUACAUUUCAUUAUCUACACAUUAUUGUUGUGUAAUUCAAAAUAGACACACAAACGGAUGUAUACUUCAAGAUUUAUGAUUCGGGCUCUUGUUGUUCUUCGUUUCAUCUAGGGGUCUUGUUUGCAAAGAAUAUAUAUUCUAUAUCAGAUGGUCAUUGACUCAACGUUACUUGGU